GGGAAUCUCGCGCAUUCGACCAGUUGAUGACAAUAAGCGAAAGAGAAGAAAACGUUGAUAUGAGGCAGAUCAUUACUGAUAUAGUCAUUUAGAAUAUAUGUAUAUUUAUUUUACAAUCUUUAUAGAUAAUUAUUGCUGGUCUGUCAUCUGACGUGGUUGACAGUCUGUCACAAUCACCAUGGCAUGUGAACAAAAAAUGUGCUCUCUCAAGAGCUGCCAGAUGUUGCCAGAUGUGGUGACAACGGAACAACAAUCUCUGGUGCUUGUGAAGAAACUUCUAGCCAUUGCUGUCUCAAGCAUCACUUACCUGAGAGGACUUUUCCCAGAAAAGGCCUAUGGAAGUAAAUAUGUUGGAGAACUAAAAGUCCUGAUUCUACGAGAGCAAAGUUGCCCUGGGGCUCAACAGAUCGUGCAUUGGUUGCAGGGAUGUUUUGAUGCACUUCAAAGAGGAUAUCUGCGCAUGGUUAUUCUGUCAAUUUACUGUGAUCCAGACAAUCCACAGAAAGUCACUGAAUGUUACCAGUUCAAAAUCAAGUACACAGAGAAGGGACCUCAGAUGGACUUUGAGAGCAAAAAUGGUCAGAGUAUGACUAAAAUGGCCUGUGACAACACACAGAAAUCUAGCACACUGCUUGUGCGCAAACUUUACAUGCUCAUGCAGAACCUUGGCACGUUGCCUGACAACGUCUGCCUCAAUAUGAAACUCUUUUACUAUGAUCAUGUGACCCCUCAGGAGUAUCAGCCACCUGGCUUUAAGGAAGAUGACAGUGGGACAUUGGUAUUUGAGAGGGAACCAGUGAAUCUGACCAUGGGAGAGGUGGUCACACCUUUUCACAGUCUUAGAAUGAACGUCACGACUGAGCGAAAGAGACUUGAGCCGGUAGAUGCUGACGACGAUGUGGCGGUGUGUGCAAGUACCAAAUGGUCUUUGAAGUUUGAGGAUGAAGUGAUGUCUGAAACCUCUCUUCAGCAGGAGCACAUAAUGAAAGAGAAUGUCAUCACUGAUGCUGGCGUUGAAAACUCAGAGGCUCCAGAGAGCUCACAACAGGCUCACAGAAAUAACAAAGUGGUUCUUACAACAAAUAAAACGGAAACACAGAAGAACACACCGCAUGGACAGAUGGACAAUCUGGUAAAAAAAACAGCUGAUCUUAGGAUGGACAGAAGGAAGACCCGGAGUGGAUGCAUCUUCGAGCCACAGAUCUCAAAGUUUGAGUUCCCAUUAAGCCAAGAUCCUCAGCCAUCUGCACCGAAGAGACGCAAAUUCAGUGUACCCAAAUAAAACUACUAACACACUGACAGUACAUACAGCAACAUACUACCGCAUGCUUGAUGGUUUGUAGUUUUAUUUUGUUUGAUCUAUUCAGUUGACAAAAUGCAUUGCACAAGGUUAAGUAGACAAAACAAAACAAGAUUUAUAGUUGAAGAGUGUGUAUGAUGAGUGCACAAAAUCGUAUGUUUCACAUUUUGUUAAUUUUUCUAAUUGUUAUUGUCUAUCAGAUAAAUUUUUAAUAAAGUCAUAUCUGAGUGCUAGAAGAGUGCAUUGCUGGAUGUUAGUCAACAUUUAAAGUUUCUAUUAGCCCACUAGAUGGCAGCAAACACAUUGCGUGAUGGAAAAAAAGGAUUAAUCCUGUUACAACUGCAUUGAAAUAAGAUUCUAAAAGAACAACAAUCAUAUGUAUUAACAGCUGACAAUUUGCUAGCUGUGCUUAAAGCUGACAGAUAAAUUAAAAAAAUAUUUUUGAAUAUGUUUCUAGAGGAAUACACAAAUUAAUAUUUUUAACCUCAGAGAAGAACUUUAUCUGUACAUUUUACUAUUCCACACUAGAUAUUUGUCAUUUGAUUCAUGGUCCAUGUGUACUAAGAAGUUGGCAAAAGACAAAUGUGUUCCCAUCCCAUAUCUCAAACUCACUUCCGGAUCUGUAAUUUCAGUCUUUUGGACCAGAUCUGUCUCUGUGAUCUGUGACUUUAGAAGCUCCUAUGAGAGGUUAGAGCACUUGCACACUGCAGCUGUUGUUGUGGACCUAAAUCUGCUAUAGUUAAGAUUUUAAUUUGUUGUUUUGUGUGAGAGAUGUUAUGAACGCGAUUCGGCCUUUACUCAUGGAGAUGUACAGCUUGGCAGAGGAGGGUAGGGAGUUGUACUUGGGUUCAGACCAAGCAAUUGAAUUGUGUAAAAAGCUGUUCUAGCUACUGUCAGGUUGUGUAUGUAUGGAGGGGGGGCUGAUAUUAAGCCUGAGGGCUUCUGAGAGGGGGAGCUUUGGACAUUUAGCAGGGGACUGUGAUCCCCUGACCUUGCCAGAAGGGUAGAAAAUGUUUUGCUGCUGAUUAGCAAUUCUUCAGUUUAGCAACUAAUCCUUUCAGCAUACUUUUUACAGUUUGAAAAGAAAACCAACAAAA